CCGGCUUGUUGCCGCUCAUUUUGUCCUGGUCCUGUCCUUCUGUUGCAUCCGCCGCAGCAUCCGCGGCUCCCCGCAGAGGAUAGCGAGCGCUCGGAGGACGCAGGGCCCGCGAAGGGAGCGGUCCUGGCCUGGGCGCGGAUCCCGAGGAGGCCGCGGGCCCGCCGUUGGAUGGAGUCCGGGUGCGUUCAGACAGCAAUGGCUAUGGGUUUGACAUCCAAGAAGGCGUCUAACCGGAGCGUGGCGGUGGAGCGGAAAAACCUCAUCACGGUGUGCAGGUUCUCGGUGAAGACUCUUCUGGAAAAAUACACGGCGGAGCCCAUCGACGACUCAUCCGAGGAGUUCAUUAACUUUGCGGCUAUUUUAGAGCACAUCCUGAGCCACCGCUUCAAAGGUAACACAGCAGGCUCAGGAAGCUGGUUCAGCUCGGACGGCCAGCGCAGCUUCUGGGAGUACAUCCGGCUGGCCUGCAGCAAAGUGCAGAACAACUGCAUCUCCAGCAUCGAAAACAUCGAGAACAUCAGCACGUCCAGAGCAAAGGGCCGAGCGUGGAUCCGGGUGGCGCUCAUGGAGAAACGCCUCUCGGAAUACGUGUCCACGGCCUUGAGGGACACCAGAACCACCAGGAGGUUCUACGACGACGGAGCGAUCAUGCUGAGAGAGGAAGCGACGGUGCUGACCGGCAUGCUGAUUGGACUCAGCGCCAUCGACUUCAGUUUUUGUUUGAAAGGAGAGAGUCUGGAUGGGAAAUCUCCGGCUGUGAUUGACUACACGCCCUACCUGAAAUUCACCCAAAGCUACGACUACCUCAGCGAUGAGGAGGACCGGCGCAGCGUGGACAGCAGCAACAGCGAGGAGAGCGUCCCCGAGCAUCCGUACAUCCCUCUGGUGACGGACGAGGAGAGCUGGAGCAACAAGUGUCGCAAAAUGGAGCAAAGGUUCAAGAUCGUCUACGCCCAGAAGGGUUACCUGGAGGAGCUGGUGCGUCUGCGGGAGUCGCAGCUGAAGAACGUGGAAACGGAGAACAAGAGACUGAGAGCCAAAGUGGAGGAGCUGUCCGUGCAGAGCCAGCAGGAGAAGAAGGAGCUGGAGGCCAUCGUCCUGGAACUGCAGGCGCAACUCUCCGCCCUCACGCCAUGUGAUUCUUCCACUCUGGCUAAAGAUCUUUCCAUCCCGCUGGUCAACCAGUGGUCUGCCGUCACGAACAACCAAGGCGAUGUCAAGAUUUUCCGAAGGAGGAGUUUCCACAGUCUGGAGCUGCUCUCUGCAGAUGUGAGUCUGAACUCCGACUCCCAGAAGACGGAAGCGAGACAGAACGGAGACGCCGGCUGGACCACAGCAGGAAAGGACAACACUCCAUCCAUGCUGGGUCUGUGCGGCUCCCUGGCCUCCUUACCGAGCUCCAAGUCCCUGGCGAGCCUGAAGUCCAGCGAGUGUUUGGUCAACAUCAGCACCGAGCCCAGCCCUGCGCUCUCCCCCAGCUAGGAGCAACAUGCCUAAACCCCCAGCCCGUCUGCCUGGAGAUGCUGCGUUGACUCUGUCCAAAACACCCGUCUAAAACUCUGCUCCCGCCAAACGCCUGUGAGACGUGGAUCUGGAUUUUUGUAUCUGAGAGGCCUCGCCUCAGCCACUCAAUCCUUUGCUCUUCUUUUCCAGUUGCUCGUGUUUCAGUCCCUUCAUCUACUUCUCAAAGUCUCUAUUUUACCUGCUGAUAGCUCCAUCCGUGUAUUCAUCCACCCUUCGGCUUGCUUUAUUCUAUUUAUUUUUGUCUCAAAGUGUAACCAUAGCAGCAGCAAUGUGGAUGCAGGAAAAGUCGGACAUGAGGAACAAAGAUACAGGUACGGGAUUAGGAGUGAUGUCAAGCUAUGAAAACCUGGUGGCUUCUGGAGUUAUCAGACCCCUAAAAUGUGAGGAGAUGUUUAAACCAAACCGUAUAACUUUGAAGCCCCCACUUACAGUAUGUUCAAUUCAAUGCAGUAGUUUUUCUUGAUUGUUUGUGUUGCAAUAAACAGCCUUUUUCCAUUGUG